AUGUCGGUUCCUCUACUCGACGAGUCAUUGACGACCGAUGUGUCCACAGGCGAGAUUUAUGCAUUGUGCAAGAGGGCUUCCCUGGAGGUGUCGGAAGAAUUCGCUGAAGCAUGUCUUCCGGUGAUCGCAGCACUUGAUCGAUGUGCCAAAAGCAUCAUGGAGCGAGACGACCAUUUCCCGGGGCCAGAUGAAACUAGGUAUCCACGCAAGGGCAUCCAAACAGCCAUUGAUACCAGCCUCAAUGGAGGCGGAUGGGCGGCAAAGGCGAGAGAAUCACUAGGAACGCUAUCGGUGACUGUGAAAUCGACCCAGCCGGGGAGUGACUUGCUGCAAGGCCGGACACUCGCGUUGAAGGACAACAUCGCACUGGCCGGCGUUAGGUGCACAAAUGGAACCGAUCUCACUGGCUGGAUCCCUGACUUUGACGCAACCGUCGUGAAACGAAUAUUGGACUGCGGUGGCACAGUACUCGGAAAAGCAGCCUGCGAGAGUGGCUGUUGGAGCACCGUCAGUGACACUUCCAUCACAGGUCCAGUCAGAAACCCUUAUCACGACGGAUACAGUUGCGGCGGUUCGAGCAGCGGCAGCGCGAGGCUGGUCGCCGACGGAAGUGUCGAUAUCGCCUUGGGUGGAGAUCAAGGAGGCUCGAUUCGUGUUCCAGCCUCGGCGUGCGGAAUCGUCGGACUGAAGCCAACCUGGGGUCUUGUUCCUUAUACAGGCAUUCUCGGGGUAUCGCCGGUCAUUGACCAUGUUGGUCCCAUGGCCAGGACAGUUUCCGACUGUGCCCUACUCCUGGAAGCCAUUGCAGGGCCCGAUGGCAUCGACGAUCGCCAACCUCCUGUCAAGUGGUUUCAGUCCGUUCCGUACGCUCAGGAGGUUCGUCAACACCUGGAAGCCGCCGGCCCAAAGCCUCUAGACGGGCUCAAGAUUGGUGUUCUAGAAGAGGGGUUCCAGCACCCUCGACAAGACGACCAUGUGGCACGAAAGGUCCGUCAAAGUAUCGAUAAGCUUGAGGAACUCGGUGCUAAGGUGGAGUCCUGCCAUAUACCAGAGCACCGUGACACAGAGCUCGCAUGGAUGUGCGCGCUGCCCGCUUUCGCGUUCACUCAUGGCCUGGUUCUCAAUUCAAGCGGUCGUAAGCAGUUUGCCAUGACCGGGCCAGCAGCUCUGACCAACGGUGAGAUGAGCCAGUCAUCUUUUGACGUCCUCAAUACAGCAGGGCAAAAUCUCUACCUGAGAGGACUUUUCCUUCAACAAAAAUAUGGCCCUGCUCUAGUUUCCAGGUGCACAAACCUGUUGAGAAAGUUGAGCGACGACUAUGACACAGCAUUCAGACGAUUCGACGUGCUGGUAAUGCCUACGACCCCUCUGCCGCCGUGCAGAAUAUUCGGAUCGAGAAGUGAAGGAAGCAUCUAUGAAAGACUUAAGCGUACAACAGGUAUCACGGCGAACACAGCGCCCUUCAAUGCUUCUGGUCACCCGGCUAUCAGCAUUCCUGUUGGCUUCUCGCCAGCUUCAGAGGACCCUACGGUUCUCCUGCCGGUAGGCUUACAACUUGUUGGAAGAAAGUUUGAGGAUACUCUUCUACUGAAAGUUGCUGCAUCUUGGGAAGAUCGCUAUGAUUGGAGAGUUCAAUGA